AUGCAAACGCCCAUUUUCCACCGGUCAGCCCCCAACGAAACAAUACCACGAUCCUCGCUGGUACACAAACAACACACCAAUUUCUUCCUCAUUCCUACUUCUACAGUCGGUCAGACCAAGGCCGAUGGGAACAUUAGAGAUGUCGUAGAACUUGACCCUAACGUGUACAACCCGGACAUUGUCCAAAAGACCGUUACUACGUCAGCUGCAGAUGCCAGCAUUUUAUCUCAGACCCUCCUUAAUCCAGGAGAAAUGAGCUACCAAAAUAAUGCUCAUGGUCUUAUGAUUAGUAAUCCGUGUCUCAUGACGGGCACUACAGCAGAAAGCAGGGGUCACCGUCAGACGCAUCGGCCGACGAAACAGAGUGCUGCUUUCCUGCCACGACAUGAAGUGCAGAUCCAUAUGACCAAGGAUAGUGACCCUAACCAAACUUUCCCAGACGAUUUGUCCAAAGCAGUUGAGAAUUUGCCUACGACUCUCGAAAAUCCCUUCCUCGAAGACGGCGACGUCCUCCUUGAGACUGGGAGGGAGAAGCUAAAUCUUUCCGGCUCUUACCUUCGCCUCCAUCCAAUCAGUGGAAAAAUAGAUAAGAAGUCUAGGAGACGGCAACAGGUCUUCUUGCGUGCAGGCCUUAACCCUGCCGUCAGCUUUGUGCCCCAGAUAGAGGACUCGCUAAUCAAACGCCAACAACCACUGGCGUCAACCCCAGGCACCGGUCAUCCUACCUCCUGUAAUGGGUUAAGCAACCAGGAGAAACCGAUUCAGGUUGCAAGAUACGACAUAGAAGGGACGGAGACGGACAAUGAAGUUAACCAGCAUCUUUCACUCUUCCAAAUUCAGAAUCCUGCUGUCUCAAAAACGCAUGAGACCACGGAGUUUCAGGUCGGAACUUCUCACACCAAACCCACAGUUCCACAGUGUCUAUUUUAUGACUGCAACAGUAAGUGCUGUUCAGAACGUGUUGGGACAGUCAAUAUAGCGAGAACCGUCGCAACUGAUACGAGCCAGGCGAUCGAGGAACAGAGCUUUUCCAUUUACCCCGUUAUGAAUGAAGCUCGAUGA